UCAGCCGGGCCAGCUGUGGAGUUGGUCGGCGUUGCCGGUACCUGCGCGGGUGUGCGGGCCGCUGCCCCGACAACGGCCCUCUGCGACUCUUGGUCCGUUUCUUCAUCCUGACGGGGAUCAACCUUCUCGACAUCGACUGACCGGCUCCGGGGAAGGGGACAGAUAUCCAGGACCCCUUCAUCUUCCUCUAGACGCCGAGCCCGGCAUUUGCGGCGUCCACCGUUGACAGUUUCGCCGGGCGUUUGCCACAUUGGAAAAUGGCUAAUGGACAGGACCGGGUAGUUGCUCUAGUGGACAUGGACUGUUUUUUUGUUCAAGUGGAGCAGCGGCAAAAUCCUCACUUGAGGAAUAAACCUUGUGCAGUCGUGCAGUACAAAUCAUGGAAGGGUGGUGGAAUAAUUGCAGUGAGUUAUGAAGCUCGUGCAUUUGGAGUCACCAGAAACAUGUGGGCAGAUGAUGCUAAGAAGUUAUGCCCAGAUCUUCUUCUGGCACAAGUUCGUGAGUCUCGUGGGAAAGCCAACCUCACCAAGUACCGGGAAGCCAGUGUGGAAGUGAUGGAGGUAAUGUCUCAUUUUGCUGUGAUUGAACGUGCCAGCAUUGAUGAAGCUUAUGUAGACCUGACCAGUGCUGUACAAGAGAGACUGCAAAAGCUACAAGGUCAGCCUAUCUCAGCAGACUUGUUGCCAACCACCUACAUUGAAGGAUUGCCCCAAGGCUCUACAACAGCAGAAGGGACAAUCCAGAAAGAGGAGAUGCGAAAACAAGGCUUAUCGCAAUGGCUUGAUUCCCUUCAGUUUGAUAACACCCCCUCUCCAGACCUACAGCUCACCGUGGGAGCAGUGAUUGUGGAGGAAAUGAGAGCAGCCAUCGAGAGGCAGACUGGGUUUCAGUGUUCAGCUGGGAUCUCACACAAUAAGGUUCUGGCAAAACUGGCCUGUGGACUACACAAGCCCAACCGCCAGACCCUGGUCUCACAUGGGUCAGUCCCACAACUCUUCAGCCACAUGCCUAUUAACAAAAUUCGUAGUCUUGGAGGGAAACUCGGGGCCUCUGUCAUUGAAAUCCUGGGGAUAGAAUACAUGGGUGAACUGACCCAGUUCACUGAAUCCCAGCUCCAGAGUCAUUUUGGAGAGAAGAAUGGAUCUUGGCUAUAUGCCAUGUGCCGUGGGAUCGAACAUGAUCCGGUUAAACCCAGGCAAAUACCCAAAACCAUUGGCUGCAGCAAGAACUUCCCAGGAAAGACGGCUCUGGCUACUCGGGAACAGGUACAAUGGUGGCUUUUGCAGUUAGCCCAGGAACUAGAAGAGAGACUAACAAAGGACCGAAAUGAUAAUGACCGGGUAGCCACCCAGUUGGCUGUGAGCAUUCGUGUACAAGGAGACAAACGUCUCAGCAGUCUGCGCCGCUGCUGUGCCCUUACCCGCUACGAUGCUCACAAGAUGAGCCACGACGCAUUUGCUGCCAUCAGGAACUGUAAUACUUCAGGAAUCCAAACCGAAUGGUCCCCUCCCCUCACAAUGCUUUUCCUUUGUGCUACCAAAUUCUCUACCUCUGCCCCUUCAUCUUGCACAGACAUCACCGUCUUCUUGAGUAACGACUCAAGUCCUCUGCCGAAGGUACCAAUUACCAGCCCAGAAAGUAAGACCCAGGGAAGUGGCCCUAUGGUGACAGCCACUAAGAAAGCAACCAAUCCUUUGGAAUCCUUUUUCCAAAAAGCCGCAGAAAAGCAGAAAGUCAAAGAAGCUUCACUUUCAUCUCCCACUGCCACUACCCAGGCCCUCAAAAACAACUCACCACGCAAGCUCUCAUUACCUUUCCAGACCAGCCAUACUACAGGAAUCGAGCCCUUCUUUAAGCAGAAAAGUCUGCUUCUGAAGCAGAAACAGCUUAAUAAUCCUUCCAUCUCCUUCCCUCCACAAAAUCCACAGCCUAGUCCUAAAAAGUUAAACAAUGUUCCAGCAGAAUGUCCAGAUUCUGCCCCCGUCUGUGAGGAGGUUUUGAAGCUAGAAUCCUGUAAAGCGACUCCUGCAGAGAUGAAUUUGGCCCAGAACAGCCCCAGUGGGCUUGCUCCUCUAACUCCCCAGUCUGCUCUGGAGGGGGCUCAGAAGACAACCACUGUCCCGAGUCUUCUGGCUGCUGAGGAUCAAGUGUCCUGUGAGAAGUGUGGUGGUCUGGUACCUGUGUGGGAGAUGCCGGAACAUAUGGACUACCAUUUUGCACUGGAGUUGCAGAAAUCCUUUUUGCAGCCCCACUCCUCAAACCCCCAGGUUGUUCCUGCCAGUUCUCCUCAAGGCAAAAGAAAUCCCAAAAGUCCUUUGGCCUCCAGUAAUAAACGCCCUAGGCCUGAGGGCAUGCAGACAUUGGAAUCGUUUUUUAAGCCAUUAACACACUAGUGCUGCCCUCAGGCUUGCUACAAGGUUUUAAUAUUUUAUUUAUAACCUGGGAAAUGGAAAUAUGUUCACUUUUCAAGGAAAUUCAUAACUUUAUAAAAAAUUUUGUAAGAAAAAUAAUGCACUUAAAUGCUGAGUUAAGGCUCCCAUCUCUUCGCCGGCAUGGAUCCUGAUUUCAUUGCUGACAGAGAUGUAAAAAUUCAUCUUCCAGAGAUACAACUGCUUUCAGUUUUUAAUUGCUAAGUGUUUAGGGAGGCAGUCAUAUAGGUAAAAAUGUGUGGACCUGGAGCCUCAGAGAUCUGGUUCCAAACCUGGUUCUGCCUCCUAAGUAUAUGGCGCUGAGCAAGUCACCUUCCUCACCUUUCCUCACCCUGAGAGAAUGAGCAAAAUAAAAUAAUGCCUUACAGGUCACUGAAGAUUAAAGUACUGUAGCACAGAAAAGGAACGGAGU